GCUCCUUCGAGGAUUCGUGCAGAAUCGCAGGGUCCGAAGUGCUGGUCCAGACCUGGGUGAUUGCAAAGGCCUCGAGGAAGGCAGAAAGCCUGGCUGACAUCUGUACGGAGAUCUUGCAGUGGCCACCAGGUCGUCGGCAGCUCGUGGUGAAGCCUGUUGACAUGGCCUUUGCGAUCGGCACGACUCUUUGGAACCUGACUGGGCAGGUUGGACUAACGCAGGCAUCCUGCCAAGAGAGCUUUCCAACAAGCCUAACCGGAAUGGACACAGACGCUGAGCCGGAGCGAAGGGAGACGAUCAUCGUCCAGCAGUUUGUCCAGAGCUGGCAGCUGAAGAAUCGAAAGCUGGAACUCCGAGCACACUUGCUGAUUGCAUCUGUAGACCCACUGAUUGCGCCCUGGCAGCAAGAAUCUUCUCUUCAAGUGGGGCACAGUGCCUCUGCCUGA